AUGGGAUAUAAGAUAUAUUCUAACUCUGACUUAGUUCAAACAGUAACAUGGGCAAACUAUGAAUGGUUCGCUUUAAGAAACUCAGUACAACCACAAGCUAGAGAACAAACAGACCAGUAUGCAACUAUUGAGAAAAUAAGAAGACUUGACCCUAACGUUCCAGGAGUUUAUGUUAACCUUUCUGGUUCAGAUGGAAAUGCUGUCACUAAAGUAAAACUGAAACUUAGAGUUCCUUUGUCAUCUUUCCUCAUCUUCAGGUUUUUAAGAUACUUGCCAAACUGGGCAGGAAAAAUUUCUAUUGAACUUACUCCAAGCAAAAAUAACUUAGUCAUUGCACCAACGCAAGACCCAUUCACUCUUACAGACGUAAAGGGAGCAAAUCAAACGUCAUUCGCCGAAUUUUGCAAAGACAAAGUUGACUUAGACUUUGGUUUCUCAAACCUCAACACUGAAGUAAAGUAUUAUUUCAAUGCUGCUGGAACUGCUUGGGACCCAGUUAAGUUCACAUGCAAACAGUUUGAAUGCAAGAGAAUAGAAAGCAGACUUGCAGUCUAUAUGUUGGACCCAGAUAUUUCAAAUGCUUUAGCUGCCAAAUAUAUUGCAGUUCCACUUAUGUUCCCUAUACACCAAAUAUCUGUCAAAGACUUUGCAGGUGAAGUUGGAAACCAAAAUCCAGGAACCGCAGGUGCAAGAACAGAUAUUGCUUUAACAACUGCAAUGAAACACGCAGAUACUAU